AACAGAAGCCAUGCAGUGACACCCGCUAAGACUUGCUGGCAGCCAUGUCGGAGCCCCACAGGGUCCAGUUCACCUCUCUCCCAGGUUCUCUGAAUCCCGCAUUUUUGAAGAAGUCCCGGAAGGAGGAGGUUGGGGGAGCAGAACAGCACCAGGACUCUGAGCCGGCUGCUGCAGCUGUUCGGAUUACACUCACUCUCUUUGAGCCAGACCACAAGCGCUGCCCAGAGUUCUUCUAUCCCGAGUUGGUGAAGAACUUACGAGGGAAGGUGAAAGGCCUUCAACCCGGAGACAAGAAGAAAGAGCUCUCAGAUCCUUUCAAUGACGAUGAAAAGGAAAGGCAUAAAGUGGAGGUCCUUGCCCGGAAAUUUGAAGAAAAAUAUGGUGGAAAAAAACGUAGGAAAGACCGAAUCCAGGACUUGAUUGAUAUGGGGUAUGGUUAUGAUGAAUCGGAUUCCUUCAUCGACAACUCUGAGGCGUAUGAUGAGCUCGUUCCUGCUUCUUUGACUACAAAGUAUGGUGGAUUUUACAUUAACUCAGGAACCCUGCAGUUCAGACAGGCAUCGGAAUCAGAGGACGAUUUCAUUAAAGAGAAGAAGAAGAAAUCUCCAAAGAAGCGGAAGUUGAAGGAAGGUGGUGAGAAGAUAAAGAAGAAGAAAAAAGAUGACACUUAUGACAAGGAGAAGAAAUCGAAAAAGUCCAAGUUUUCCAAAGCCGGCUUCACAGCCCUCAAUGCCAGUAAGGAGAAGAAGAAGAAGAAAUAUUCUGGGGCUUUGAGCGUGAAAGAGAUGCUAAAGAAAUUUCAGAAGGAGAAGGAAGCUCAGAAGAAGCGUGAUGAAGAGCACAAGCCCGUGGUGGUCUCCUCGGCGGACGCGCAGGGCCUUCGGGACUUGGAGGGCGCCUCGGACCCCUUGCUCUCGCUCUUCGGCUCGGCGUCGGACAAUGACUUGCUCCAGGCGGCCACCGCCAUGGACUCCCUCACUGAUCUGGACUUGGAGCAGCUGCUCAGUGAGUCUCCAGGAGGAAGCCCCUUCCGCGACGUGGACGAUGAGAGCGAUUCCCUCGGGGUGGGGCUGGAGCAGGAGUUCAGGCCCCCCACUUCCCUCCCCGAAGGCCUGCCCGCGCCCCUGGAGAAGCGCGUUAAGGAGCUGGCUCAGGCCGCCAGAGCUGCCGAGGGAGAGAGCAGGCAGAAGUUCUUCACCCAGGAUGUUAAUGGCGCCCUGUUAGACAUAGAGGUGCAGGCGCGGGAGCUGAGCAGCCAGGUCCGCUCGGGAGUGUACGCCUACCUUGCUUCGUUCCUGCCCUGCAGCAAGGACACCCUGGCCAAACGUGCCCGGAGACUUCACCUCUGUGAGCAGGGGGGGCGCCUGAAGGAGCCUCUCCAGAAGCUGAAGGAAGCCAUUGGCAGGGCGAUGCCAGAGCAGAUGGCCAAAUACCAAGAUGAAUGCCAGGCACACACACAGGCUAAGGUGGCCAAGCUGCUGGAAGAGGAGAAAGACAAGGAACAGAGAGAACGGAUUUGUUCUGAUGAGGAGGAAGACGAAGAAAAGGGGGGCAGAAGGAUAAUGGGCCCCCGGAAGAAGUUCCAGUGGAAUGAUGAAAUCAGGGAGCUGCUCUGCCGAGUAGUGAAGAUAAAGCUGGAGAGCUUGGAUCUGGAGAGGACCAACAAGGCCCAGUCCUGGGAAGACUGCGUCAAGGGCUUCCUGGAUGCCGAGGUCAAGCCUCUGUGGCCCAAGGGCUGGAUGCAGGCCAGGACUCUGUUUAAGGAGAGCAGACGCGGCCACGGGCACCUGACAUCGAUUCUGGCCAAGAAGAAAGUAAUGGCCCCUUCUAAAAUCAAGGUGAAGGAAUCCUCCGCUAAGCCCGAUAAGAAGGUCUCCGUCCCAUCAGGCCAGAUUGGCGGCCCCCUUGCUUUGCCUUCAGAUCACCCGGGAGCGGGCCUGAGCCCCGGGGCCACAGGCCGGGAUCUCUCAUCCCAGGCAUCUGGCGGUCUUGCUGGUUCCGCCCCCAUCAACCUGGAGGACUCACUGGACGGCGACCUGCUCCGCGGCUCGGCCCCCUCCCUGGAGGCCGUGUCCAAGGAGCUGGCUGCUCUGAGCGGCAGAGCCAGUGGGGGCACAGAGUUCACACUGCCCACACCCGCGAAAACCCCUACAGAAAAAGUUGCAGGUGUUUUAUGUACUGAAGAAAAAAGGAACUUUCAGAAGCCCAGCCCUUCUGCCCCACCACCCUCUAGUUCUUUGCAGUCACCUCUCAAUUUCCUGGCUGAACAGGCUCUGGCACUGGGGCCAUCCUCUCAGGAGAAAAAAACAGAGAGUGCUGGCUACAAAGAGCUGUCCUGUCAGGCUCCCCUCAGCAAGGGUCUGCCAGACGUGCACCAGUCCAAAGCAAAGCAUCACAGUUUGCCACGGACGUCUCACGGACCCCAGGCAGCAGCCUCAGGGCCCAGCCCGCAGGUCAAGGUCUUUCAUGCAGGGACGCAGCAGCAGAAGGGCGUCCCUCCCCCGGCCCCACUGGUCAGUAAGCUGCCACCCACCUCCCCCCUGGUCAGUAAGCUCCAGGGCCCUAAGGCUCCCUCCCCUCAGUGUCAUCGCUCACUCCUCCAGCUUGUGAAGACGCCCACCAAAGGCCCGAGCUUCCACCCCCCCGCGCCGGCCUCCUCAGGAGGCACGCCUGCCUCCGGCAGCAGCUCUCAUAAAGCCGCAGCCUCGGCCUCGGCUGCCCUGAGCCAUCCAGCAAAACAGCACUCGGCCAGCGCAUCAGGGCCGUCUUACAAGAGCAGCCCCUUCGCCGGCUCCAUCUCUAAACACGGGAUUUCCUCUGGCAGCUCUUCCUCUGGGGGGACACCCGCCCAAGGCUCAACCUCUGGGAGCCUGCUUCCGGGGGUGCAGCCUCCCUCCACAGGCCAGCCGGCCAGCCGGCCCCUCCCCAGCUCCGCAGUGAAGAAACCACCUGUGUCCCAGAAGCUGACCCUGGUGGCUCCUCCUGGUGGUCCGAAUGGAGAUUCUAGCGGAGGGACCCAAGGAGUGGCCAAGCUACUGACCUCUUCCCUGAAGCCGACCGCGGUGAGCAGCGUGACCUCGUCUCCCUCCUUGUCGAAAGGAACGAGUGGGGCUGUGCUGCUGACCAGCUCCUCAGGCCUGCUGUCCUCGUCAUACAAGUCCGGCGGCCCCAAGCUGCCGGGGGCCGUGAAUGCGGGCUCCCUGGGCAUCAUCUCCCCGUUCCCGCUGCACAUGAUCUCCUUCGGUGCCGACUCGGCCGCCAAAGCGGGGGUCUCCAAGGACGCCAUCGUCACGGGGCCCGCUCCCGGGACUUUCCACCACGGCCUCAGCCACAGUCUCCUGGCUGGCUUGCACUCCAGCCCGCCCCGCGCAGCGCCUCUCCCUCACGCUGCCGUGUCCACCCACGUCCCACAGAGUCUGCCAGAUGCUUCUCAGCUUCACGGGAAGGGGCCUGGUGUUCCACGGAAAUUAUGACCAGCUCAGAGGAUGGGCCUGGUUAGCCUGGGUCUGGGUAGGAGAUGGCCGAGUAGGCCUCAGAAAUCGGAUCAUCGCUACGCCCCUUCUGCCGGUCGGGUUUCUUCUGGGGAAGGCGUGAGUGCUAAGCAGAGCAUCUCUGGGCACUUGGGAGGGGACAGCCCCCGCUUCUCCUGGCACUGACUGGCCCGGCGGCCCGGGCUUUGGGGCUCUGUCGAGGGGCGACGCCGCUGGCACCCGUGGCAGUCACCUCUGCCCCUCCCCUGGCUGGGCCAGAGGAGCUCCUGGCGCCCUCCCGGCCGCAGCGGAUGCCGGAGGGGCGUGCUGUCCAGCCGCCCGCAAGCGGCGCCUACAGGAGGACGACAGCGGGCUGCGCUGCGGCCGGCAGACCGGCCUCGUCUCGGAACACGCCUGAUGCGCGUGACGGCCGGCUUCGCUGCCGACAGGACAGCGACGCUCUUCAGAGAGAAGACCUUUGUAGAUUCGAUGAUUGUGACAGGAUUUUUAAAGACUUAUUUUGGCUCAGUUUUCAUCAUUCCCAUUAAAUACAUCGGCUAGAAUGGUCCUGUUCUUCUCGCGCCACAUUACAGGAAGACAAAACCCCAGUGCCUUUAGGGUGGGGCAGGGCUAGACAGCACGGCCACGCAGCCCUCGGGGCCUCAGACGGCCUUCUUUUAAAGACAUGUCUGUGUUUAAGACGGCAGCUUUAUUUGAGUUUUUUACGGUUGCACAUCAUAAUCUGUGCUGUUCUGACGUGAGGGUCAUCUGGCCCCCAGCUCAGCAGGGCCUAGUGUGUGACUCGGAGUUGAUAGGUGGACUGCAGGGCCCUGAAGCCUGUCUUCGUCUCUUAGGGCCAGGGACGUGAGGGCCGCAGGCCUCAGUUUGCAUAGACUCUCAGGCAGAACCGCGGGACCGGCCUCUGAAGCAUCCGCCAGGUCCAAAACAGCCUUGCGCUAUUGGGGCGUCCCACGUUGACUUCAGGGCGACGCUGUUGGGCUUCAGAGACGACGUCAGACAGAUGAGGGCUUAGCUUGGAGCUGCUUCACGGCAGCACAGGGCCGUGCGCCCCCCGGGCCCCCUGCUCGGUGUCCGCCGGCUGCCCCGCCCCGGGCACGCUGUCGGGACUGGCAGCAGCAGGCCGAGUGGGGCCUGUGGAGACCGUCCUGCGUCCCGACCCGGGUCCGGUGCUCAGCGACUCGCGACCCCGCAGAGGUUUGUCGGUCUGUAGGGGACUGGGACCUCGGCCAGCGGUCCGGCCAGGCCUCUGCUUUUUUUUUUUUUUUUUUUUUAAAUGUAAGAACCGCCUUGGGCUAAGUGGAUUCCUCACUCCUUUGUUAUAUAUAUUUUUUUGCAACUUGGACCCCCGUUUGUUUACAGAGUAGUUUUAGGUAGUAGCAAAAGAGCCAAAGAAGAGAUCUGUGUUGCUGAGCUCAGAGCCGAGCAGAGACUCUGCAGGCGUCUGCGACAGCUCGGCCGCACCGGCCGGCCCCUGCGGUGCCCCCGCCCCGUACCAGUGACAGCAGCUGGAGCAGAAUUUCCUCAUUUUUAGGAAUCUAGUGAUGCCUCUUGCCUCAGGGAACCGUUUCUUUGAUGGGGAGUUUAUGGGAUUUCUUUUUCCUGUCUAUGCUUUAUUUGUGGGAACGCGGAGUGAAUGACUUCACCGGCCACGGCAAGGCAGAGCCACAGGCCGGCUCCCGGGCCUGGCGGCGCAGGGUGAGAGGGCUGCCUGGCCUUUGUGCAGGACUGCGUUGGUGGUGGGGGUGGGGUGGAAAUUGUUCAUCUUGUAUAAAGCAACUCAAUAAAUUGUUUCAAGGUUUCCAGAAC